GUCAGCCGACAGACACCAUUUGCCUCGCGGUGGCUCGGAGGCCACUUUAAUUAAUUUCCACCCGAAAAACGAAAGUGUUCAGCUGCCUACCCACCGUCUUACGAACGCGGCGGACCGUUGCCGCAUAUUUAACAUUUCUUCGAUCGAGCCGAAGAAGAAAUUCCACACGCGGAAUGAAUCCGGUCUACCACUUCUUCGAAAAUGUGACUCAGUCCAAUCGAUGGUCGGUUUGAAUGUAACGCGUUCGUUGUUAUACCUGUGGUGGUUCUUUGGUAUUUACCUUCGGUCGGCGCGACGGUGUGCGUGCUGCCUGUUCGAUUUCACCACUACAACCGUUUAGGCAAAUAACAUUAUUUGCGUUUCGUUAUUUAAAAAAGUUGCGGUGAAGAUUCCGAGUAACCACCGAUUGGUUGGACGCCACGCAACAGAAGAGGAUGAUGAACAAUGUUUACGCUCAAAAGGGAGAAUUUUACGGGUCCACCGGCAAUAUGUGUUUUGACAAUAAAGGAAUGGUGACGCCGGCGCACUCUGAACGCGCAGCUCCGCAACCUAUCGUGAGAAUAAAUAUUACAGAUCCCGACAAAACCGCCACGACCGAGAAGGCGACCGCUAGGUUGCGAUUGCGACAGAGAUUCCGCUUGCCCUACGCAAUCAAUUCACUUAUCUGUGUAGUAGUUUUAUCUUGCCUUAUACUACUAGAAUUUGGAUUUAUCCCCGGCUUUAAGUCGGGUUUCUACUGUCAGGAUCCAUCGCUCUCCCAUCCGUACACCGGGGACACUAUAAGCACUUCAGUGUUACUCAUAGGCAACCUUCUAGUGAUACCCCUCUUCGUUCUCUUUUUCACCGAAUACAUUAGAAAAGGAAGCCCGUCGAACGUGUGCAUUACCGAGCUGUGGUACUUCUACAAGGAGUUCCUGACCGGGUGUGCGUUGGUGCUGUUGUUAACGGAAGUCGGGAAGGUGUUGAUAGGUGAACACAGACCGAACUUUUUUGACGUUUGCCAACCCCACACUGCAGCAAACUGUUCCGCCGGAUCCUACGUGACUACUUACGAGUGCAGGAACAAUAAAUUUGGUCACUAUUUUUUAACGGACACCUCUAGGAGCUUCCCGUCUGGGCAUUCAUCGCUUUCAGUAUUCGUAGCCCUGUACCAAGCGUACAUCAUCCAAACACGAUUGCCAACAGUGAAAACCGGAAGGCUGUUCAAACCAUUUUCGGUAUCACUUCUGGUGAUUUGGAGCCUAGUCUGUUCACUAACAAGGAUAUCUGACAAACGGCACCAUUGGUGGGACGUGGCUGCUGGAAUGCUCCUAGGGGCGAUGUGCGUUGUCUACAGUGUGUCCAUCAUACACAAGAAAUUGUUACCGACGAGCAUUCCUAGAGUGGCAUGUUCAACGACGACAUUACUAGAUGUUAAAAAUAAGGACGCUAGAAGUGAAAUAAUCUAAAGUUAAUGCCAGUAUUUUCAAAGUAGAAAGGACAACAUGGAGUUAGUAACAAAAGACCUAUGAGCUUCUUUCACUGUUUUUAUUUUCGAGAACAGAGCUCGUCUUUUAAGAUCUUUAAAAAAAUUCCCCAUCCACAUUCGUGUAAAUAAUUUAUUCACGGUGACUGCACUAUUUGUAUUGUAUUUAUUCCGUCUGAUGUACAUAUAUUGUGAUGUAAUAUAGUAUUAUUUUUUUCGUA